CAGAAUAAAAAAGGGGUCUCGUUAUAAAGAAGCAGAGCGGCCACGAAAACGACUCCCUUUCCUCUGCUUGUCCCCGGCGGAAGCAGAGCAACCCCAAACUCCCGAAGCAUCCAUCCAAUCGCAGCCUCGCCGGCGCCGGCGCAGCAAUAGCGGUUGCUUCCACCCUCCAGAUCGAGCCCAGCCUAGUCAGAUCAGAUGCAUGGGGCUCUGCCGCGCCGUGGCGGCGUGGCGGCGCGCGGCCGUGGCGAUCUGCCUGCUCCCGGUCGCCCUGCCGCUCGCGCUCCUCUGGCUCCCGCCGCUCUCCCUCGCCCUCGCCGUCGUCCGCUUCCGCCACCGCCGUAGGACGAUGAUGAAGACGGACGCCACGGCGAUGGGUGCCGGCUGCUGCUUGGGCGGCGGCCGGUCCUCGCCCCUGCCGCCGCCGCCGCCGGAGAGGGAGGCGGGGGCGCUGCUGCUACUGCACAAGUACCUCGAGGACCAGUUGGAGCUCGUCGCCGCCGACGCUGGUCGGGCGGCCAUGGCGGCCGCCGCGCUCGCGAGGAAUUAAUCCGUAGGCCGCCCGUUCUCGCAAGGGAAGAAGAAGAAGGAGAACCCCCACGCUUUAAUUUCUUGCAGGAAAGAAAGUAAGGAAGGAAGAAAUCAUAUUGCUCGGAUUUUGUGGAAGAGGAAGAAGGAUUUUUGUCAUCUGUGUGUUGGGUUCCAGAUAAUUCUUGUUGCUUGCGGUGAAUUUUGGACAUGCUUUUCCGUAAGAUUAAAAUGAAAAUUGCUCACUUGAUAAUCAUCAAAUCGCAGUUGCUAA